AUGAGCGAAGAGAUGGAACACCCAAAAAUUAUCCCAAGAGAGUCUCGCCUGGCAACUCUACUUAUAGACCAGGCACAUAAGCUAACCUUGCACGGAGGAGCUACGCUGACGUUGAGCUCCCUGCGCCAGGAAUACUGGAUAACAGGAGGAUAUAACACGGUGAAAAGAGAGCUACUCAAAUGCGUAACGUGCCGGAAACAAGAGGGAAAGAAACAAGUCCAACUCAUGGGAGAUUUACCCGCAGCCAGGUGCAACCCCGCCAAACCCUUUUAUCAUACGGGGGUGGAUUAUACGGGAGCAGUAGACAUAAAGGCCAGCAAAGGGCGAGGAGCAAGAACAUUAAAAGGCUACAUAGCCAUUUUUAUAUGUAUGGUGACGAAGGCUGUACAUCUAGAAUUGGUAACCGACUUAACAAGUUCAGCGUUUUUGGCGGCCCUCCGAAGAAUGGCAGCUAGAAGAGGAGCUCCGGCUCACAUGUACAGCGACAUUGGAAAAAACUUUGUUGGUGGAAACAGGAAACUGCAAGAGGGAUAUCAACAUUUACAGCACAUAACUGAUAGCAACUUUUUAGCCGAAAUUACCGGAAUGAACAUUGAAUGGCACUUUAACGCACCUUCAUGGCCAAGCGCGGGUGGCAUCUGGGAGAGAGCUGUACGAAGCCUCAAACAUCAUUUAAAACGUGUAGUAGGAGAACAAAAAUUAACAUUCGAAGAGUACUCAACAAUUUUGACAUUAAUAGAAGGUUGCCUUAACUCUCGGCCAUUGUGCGCCCUUAACGACGACAUCGACAAUCUCGACUUCUUAACGCCAAACCACUUCCUGUCGCCGGGAAGGCCCGGUGUAACAGUAAUAGACACAGCAGAAGACGCACGCACCAGAUGGCAUUUGAGCCAAAAAAAUAUUUCAAGACAUUUUUAA